AUGCGUUUUUCCGUUUUGGCUCUUCUCUCUGCGGUGACGGCGUUAGCUGCCCCCAGUGACCUACAAAGUCGAGAUGUCUCAACCGAUGAGUUGACCCAAUUCAAAUUCUGGGUUCAGUACGCGGCGGCCUCAUAUUGCUACGAUAACUAUGUCUCCAAGGCUGGCCACAAGUUGACUUGCUCAGCUGGCAAUUGCCCCGAUGUUGAGGCCGCCGAUACCUCUAUAAUUUAUGAUUUUUCCAACUCCACGUCUACGGACACUGCCGGUUAUAUCGCGAUCGACAAUACCAACAAGGCCAUUAUCCUAGCUUUCCGCGGCUCAUAUUCCGUUCGCAAUUGGAUCGCGGACGCUGAAUUCUUUUAUACCAAUCCCCAGCUGUGCGAUGGAUGUAAUGCGGAACUUGGGUUCUGGAGCUCUUGGACAAAUGUCAGGGAUGACAUUAUCCCACAUCUUAGCGCCACCGUAGACACCCACCCCGACUAUGAGUUGGUCGUGGUCGGUCACAGUCUUGGUGCUGGGGUCGCUACACUGGCUGCAGCUGAUCUCCGUGUUAAGGGUCAUCCGUCAGCCAAGCUGUACGCGUAUGCCUCACCCCGAGUUGCCAACCCUGCUUUGGCCAAGUACAUCACAUCCCAGCCCAACAAUUAUCGGUUCACGCACAUCAAUGACCCCGUACCCAAGCUGCCACUGCUUGCUAUGGGGUAUGUCCAUGUCAGUCCAGAAUACUACAUCACCGCUCCCAACAACGCUUCGGUAUCCGCGAAUGAUAUCAAGGUGUUGGAAGGGGAAGUUAACUGGGAUGGCAACACUGGUACGGGUGUCCCAUCUCUCUCUGCCUUCCCAGCCCACCACUGGUAUUUCGAGAGAGCGGAUGGGUGUAAAGGUCCUGGCCUUCCUUGGAAGGUUUAA